UUUCGACCAACCACCUCUCCCCCUCUCCGUCUGUCCUCCUUUUCCGUUGCAAUUCUGAUUCCCACGAGGACAGACAUCGAGCCUUGCGGGAGGAGGACGCAGAGACCGAUCCCAGCGGCGGCACGGUGCACCCGCGGGCGCGCGCCCUGUCGCCGAUCGCCGACGGCCGAAACGCCGGGGGCUUGGGGGGCUCGCGCUACCGUCCCCCCGGUGGUCUCCCGCUGCUCCGCCUCGGCUCUCCGGCGCAUUGUUCUGCCGCCCGGCUCAACCGACCGCUUCCUCGGCUGCUCAAUCUCGAAAAUUCGUUUGGUUUCCUGUCUUAGUGUUUUGUUCGGUUUGUAGGAUGUUAGAACAGCCCCUGUGUUGAUGAUAAAAGUGAGAAUGUUUGGAGGUCUCAAGUUGUGGUGCUUUAUGUAAUGCACUUGAUCACAUAUUUCACCAAUAUCAUUGGUGUGGUGACCAUUGCUCUCAUCUCCAUAGUCUCCAUCUUGGGCCUGAUCUGCCUGUGCCGCUCAGUGUACUUCCAACUGUGGAUCAAAAGAAGAGGUUACCAGAGGCUUAGCUACUUCAACGGGCCAUGGCUGACUCGGAUAGCAUUGAUGCUGGUUGCAUUCUGGUGGGGUAUCGGUGAGGUACUCCGGCUCACCUUUGUGAACGGGGAGGGGAGGCUAAUUUCUGACCGGGCAUGGCAAGUGAAUGUGUGCAAAUUCUACAUCAUCUCAAAUCUGGGGUUUGCAGAACCAGGAUUGUUCCUCUUGCUCUCUUUCCUUCUUAGCGCAGCUUUGCAGAAGCAAGAGCUUGGUACCUUGAACCGGAAAUGGAAUCGGAAGACCAUACGUGCAGCAUUCAUUCUCUGCUCGCCUUCUCUCAUCUGGGAGGCUUGUGUUAUUUUCGUUGGUGCUCACAUUUCUUCAGAUGAUGAUCAACCAUCAAAGAUUGCAAAGUACUGGUAUUCUGCCUCUGCAAUCCACAACGGCGAUAUUACAUGCACAUAUCCAUUGUUGAGCAGCAUAUUCCUUGGGGCAUUCUACAGCAUUUUGACUAUCUAUGUCAUGUUUGUCGGUGGUCAAAUGCUGUCUCUGGUGAUCAACAAGGGACUCCGACGAAGGAUAUAUAUGCUGAUUGUCGCCACUGGAAUAUUACUUCCCCGGGCGACACUUCUUGGGUUAACAGUUCUUCCUUGGCCUGGUGAAGUCCAUGAGGCUCUUGUGUUUGUCUCCUUCCUUGUGCUGAUGUUUGCUGCCAUGGUCGGUAUUGUUAUUCUGGUCUAUUUUCCGGUUUCUGAUACCUUUGCCAUAGGUGAUCAGGAGCAUAUUGAGAUGCAAGCAAGUCGUGACAUGAUCCUAUGAUGGCCUUUUGACUUAAUGUCCAGCUUUUUUGUUCAAGGACUAACUGAGGGGGUUUCCCGUUCUGCUUCCCUUGGCUGUGGCCAUAUUUAGUCUUGCAACUGCAGCUGUGACUUUACUCCGGAAUUUUGUGUAGAACAGAUUAAAGUAGGGAUGGCAUUCUCGUAUUUACUUUUCCCCCUUCAUCUUCAUGUAGCAUGAGAACUCCUGUAAAUUAGCUCCUUAGUGAAAGUUUACUCUGUACAUUGAGGUAAAUCUUGUACUAUCAGCCUCUCGACUGAGCUCAUAUCCUAGCGAAGUCCACCAUUUUGGCAGUUAA